AUGAAACUUCCGUAUUCUAAGUGUUUUUAAGCGACCGAUUAACCCCCCAUUGAUAGCAACAUACAACAAUAAACCAGCUUAGACUAUAACCACACCGUCUAUUUUCUCACCGGCUCUGUCAUUUAGCAUAUAAUUUAUAUGAAAGAACGUGCAUAUUGGGGGUAAAGUUGUUCCCAAAAUUAGGACAUUUCACCCAGUUUUGACAGCAUACAGGAAGUUGAAAAGAAAUACUAUAUUUGAUAUAAACACGUUUCUAGCUGCUACUUAGAAGCAUUGCUAUACACAAUGAAAUAUUUUACAUUUAUUUUUUAUGAUUGGGCAAACCUACAUUUGUAAAAAAUGUCAAAAACAGUGGCCAGUAAACCGUGUUUCACUGAAGACCAAUUUCGGAGAGUAACAGUCUUGUAUGACUAUGAUUACACUGAUGACUUUAAUGAUGAAGUUCAUAUGAGGGCUGGUGAAACCUAUUACCUCCUUAAUACUGAAGGUAAAGAAUGGUGGCAUGUUUGUCGACCAGAUUCACCCGAGAGUCCUUUCUAUGUGCCGUCAACUUAUGUGGAGGUAUUAGGGGAAGUGAGUACUUCAGCCAGAGAUGGUUACUCACCAGUUUCCAGAAUAGCUUGUAAGGAAAAUAAUGGCGAUGUAGAUAGCAAAAGGUUAAGUAAUGCUAGUGGUGUCAGUGCUGCUACUUUAGAAAAAUCAUCAAAAAACAUGGAAUCUGAUAGUGAGGAUUAUGAAAAUGUUGUUAAGAAAGUAGAUCCUAGUUUGUAUGGUCAGGAAAAUGAUAAUCCCUCUUCAUUUAAAGUGAACGAUGUAGGUAAUACAAAUACAGCAAAUAGACCAACAAAUUUAAACAUGGUUGAAGAAGACACUUAUGUGAACCUGGCUGAUUAUAGAGAACAGGCCGGAAUAACUCCCUCAGAAGGUUUGGUCACACAAGCUGAUCCAUCAAAGAAUCAGAUGAAAUGGGUUAAAUUAUUCUUUCACAGAAAGACUCCAUCUGACGGAGAUUAUGCUAACCUUGAAGAGAUGCAGAAAGAAAUCAGGGAAAGGCAGCAGACUAGGCCAAGCUCCCCAACCAUUGAACAUGGUCAAUUUAAGAAAAAAUUGCGCAAACCGUGGGAAAUGUACACUGAAAACUGGACAGGCCGCCCAUUUUAUUAUAAUACAGAGACUAAGGUAUGCCAGUUGCAUCCACCACCAGGAAAAUUGCAUGCUGAGGAAAGGAAAAAGCGUAAUGCGUCAUCUGGGGAAUAUGAAGAGGUCAUGUUCAUGGAGAGACAGCCAAGGAUAACCUACAACAUAGCAAAUCGGAAAAGUCGAUCACUCGAUUUCGGUCGACCCCAGUUUAUAAUUGAUGGAGAUAUCCCACCUGGUUAUACGUACGAGAUUAACACAAGUGGUCAGGAAGUGUUUGUCGAUACGGAGACCAAUCAUGAGUGGUUUAGAACUAAAGAUACACUUGGUAGAAACUAUUUCUACCGAGUCUCAGCAGAUAUUGCCCAUACUUCUUGGCAACUUCCAAUGCGUGAAGGACAAAGCCCGUCGACCAGCACGUCGCCAGAUUCCCCGAAUGGCUCGACAGGUUUUUUUCUGGCACCGACACCAGAAAACCAAUCUGCUCAAUUACAACAGUCAUUACCCCGCCCAAAUCAGCAAGUAGUGCAGCGACCCGGUAGCUCAGGAUCGAGAAAGAUAGACUCGCGGGCUCAAUCCAUGUACAUAGAUGUAAACGGACCGGCAACGGUAAUAUAUCCCGGCCCGCCUCCGCCUAAAUCGGCAACUUUGCCAAAAAGUUUUGCAUCUUCACAAGACGUUCAAUCGAUUCGAUUACAAUCGGAAGGUGGAAGCGCCUCCAACGAAUCCCUCAACUCUAACUGCCACCUAUCUGUAAAUAUUAAUGAACCCAUUGAAGGAAAUCUCAACAAAUGUAGACUUCUAAACGGUGGAAAAAAAAACUCAAAAAAAUGGUCCAUGAACUUUGCCAAACUCGAUGGUUCGAAUCUUGUGUUCUACGUGCGGAAGAAAGAUGCUCAGCCAACAAAGGACUCCCCGCACGGAAAACCUGAGACGAUAGUACCUUUGAUAGAGUGCCAAAUAACGAAGGAAUCAACAGACUAUACCAGCAAGAAAAAUACGUUUGUGCUGACAACAUCAGACUCGAUGCUGCUACUUCAGGCUGACAAUGAGACAGUUAUGCAGGAAUGGUUCCUGAAGAUACACACACGGAUAGCAGAACUGGGAGGAACGCCGGACAUGCCUAGUACAGGUCAGACGUUUGCUGAUCAGGCUGAAAGCAUGAAAGCUAAACCCACUCUCAAACAUUCUAUUUCAACCCCUUCUCUCAAUUCAAGUUCGAUGGACCGUAAAGGAAAGAUCAAGAAUGCCUUGGACCGUUUCUUGAAUAACCGCUCAGAUAAGAGGACAUUAGAAACAAAGGGUAUUAUAAAAGAUGCCAUAUUUGGAGGUGAUAUCAAGCAGAUCUGUUCCAAGGAAAAGUCCAAAGUGCCAAUAUUUGUUGUCAAAUGUAUCGAUGCAAUAGAAAAAAGAGGCCUGAACCAUGAAGGUAUUUACCGGAUAGCAGGCAGCAUGUCGCAGAUCCAGAAAUUGCGGUGUAUGGUCGAUCAAGGAGAACGAUACGACCUUGAAGAUGAGAAGUGGGACGUUCACAUGCUGUGUGGAACCCUUAAACUCUUCUUCAGGGAACUCAAGGACCCACUGUUCACAUAUGCACUUUUCGAAAAGUUCUUGAAAAGUUUCUUGACAGAGAAAGCGAGUGAUAGAUUGAAGCUCAUUAAAUCCACCAUGGAAGAAAUGCAUUCCAAACACUAUGAGACGGUCAAAGUUCUCUUUAAACACCUCUGCAAUGUCAUGGAUCUACAACGUGAAAACAAGAUGGCUGCACAUCAGUUGGCGAUCGUCUUUGGUCCAACGUUGAUCUGGCCCGAGACAUCGACAAUGAACCUAGCCACAAGCAUGGUUUACCAGAGCCAGAUCGUGGAAUUUGUCUUGCUGGAGUAUAAGAACAUCUUCAGAUGAGAGUGCUGUUUUAAGAGUUAUAUCAUUUUAUCAAAUAUUGAUAAUUCUGUACAAUGAAGUUCAAUGAUGGCUUACAUUCAGAGAACUUGGCAUUCCUAGCAUUAAUAGCUGUUUGUCUAGUUAAAAGGAUAUUUGUAUGUACCUCCUUCAGAUGUGAGCAUUAUUCACCUAUCAAUGUUUGCCCCUCUAGGCGAAGGGGCUUAGUACAGGGGAUGUAUAUAUACAACCCAGUGGCAUAGCUGCCGUUACGCUGUAUUUUGUCACCUUGUUGCAAGAAGUCAAUAAUUGCCACUCAAAUGCACUGCACUUAUGGUCUUCUUGCACCAACGUGAAAAUUUUGUUGUUCAAAUCCCCCACCUUGAGUGGGGAAAUUUGUUGAAAUUUGGGGUCAGGGAUGUUUCACACAUCGAAAUCCUUUGAAAAAGCUUUGGCUAAAUCUAUAUACUGAGUGGCAUUUUUGCUUGGCUUGUCUGAAGUACUUUAUUUGCCUGCCAGCCCUGAUGGGGGGAAAAACAUUGAUGGACGCAUUAUCCUAGUAAAAGAAGUAUUUGUUAUUUUACUAUCUAAUAUAAGAUGAUUGGCAAUUUCAAUGAUCUAUUGUUAGUGGUAACCUUCAAUCUUAAAACAUUAUUACCUGGUCUUGUUAAAUUAGAUUGAGAUUAUGUUCAGAUUUUUUCCUGUUUUCAUCCUCUUAUGAUUUGCUAAGCAUGCUUUCGAGUAAGCAUAGAUAAUAUUUCCUAGACAAAGCUGCAAUUUGCCUAUCUAUGAGGGUCGCUGAAUAUAGCCCUUUUUUCUUUGUCUCUUGUAAUGGUAACAGACAUGAUAACAGACAUGAACACUCAUGGUCCAUAUCAGUUAUCAGUUUUCCUCACAAUAUGUUUUAUUAACUGAACUGUAUUGGUAUAAUCUCUGUAUAACAAUUGGAAUAACACAUAGCAGUAACUUUGUAUUUAUUGAUAGUGCAAAUCAGAUACUUCCAGUAAACGUGGUGCUAAAACAAAGAAAUACAAACAUAUGAUAAAUAUGGAGUUACUUGUACCCCUGCAGAAAUUAUGUUCAUUCAAGCUUCAUUAUUUAUACAGAAAUAGGAAUAUGUUCAAAGUAAUGCACCAGUCAAUUGUAAACACAGCUUCCCAAGUCCGGGGUCAGUAGCGAGUCAAAAGCCCCUGCACCCGAGGGGCAUCCUAUGUUAGGCUCAUUCCCCGCUGUUUUUGGUGUGAAAACAAAACCACCACAGUAUCUAGACACUGCAGGGCGAACUGGAAGGUAAAAGCACGGCCCAUUUCCCCGGCUACCCCCCAGUAUACCCCCGGACCUGGGGCCGUGGUUACAAUUGACUGGUGCAUAAAUAUAUACUGCAAGUGUUUGUUUUGUUUUCAUAAUAUCAUUGUUAUACUAUCGUCAUGAUUUCAGCCAUUUUGUUAUUUUGUUAAUCUUAUAAUGUAUUUAAGUCGAUGUUUUCAAUCCUAUUAUUUACAUCAACAUACUUUGUAAUGUGAGUGGUUUAGGCUGCCUUGAUAGAAUUCCUUACAAAUUUGUACAUUCCAUUAAACAAAUUAUAAUACCAUUUUAGCAAUUGCUAGUUUUAAGAUAUAUAUUUUAACAUGAAUAUCAAUCAUUGCAACAUUGUAUGUCAUACUAUUAUAUACAUAAUAUAUUGAAGCGGAUUAAAGGGACUGGACACCAGAUGAUACAAUUGCAAGAAAAGAAGAAAAUAGUCAAAAACGUAAAAUUAAUAUUGUUGUGUACAACGCAUUGAAUUGUACUUACUGAUUCACAUCGCUUGAUCAGUACUUGAUAAUGAUAAUGGUGGUAUGCUUUGAACAGUAAUAGCUUUCAAUGGCUAAAAAUAAUUUAAAGGUACUGUUAAGUGUUGCAGUUUUUAUUAUUGGUCUUUAAUACAACGGAAGUCAACUGUGACUUAUACAGCAAUAUUUCAAGUCCCAAAAAGCGUGCGUGUUUUAAUAUUUGUUUGGUAUAAUAUUAUCAUAUACGCAUAAAACACUUUCUAAUUAUCGAUGAUUCAAUAUUCGCCUUAUUCUACAUCGGACACGUUUAUAUUAUCUAUACAAUGAUUUUCUGAGAAGUGGCAUUUCUUUGUACAAAAAGAAGUAUAAGACCUUUUCCUAUCCAUUUAUAUAUAUAAACACAAAAAAAUAUACAACCUCACAUGGGCAUUCAAGGGCAAAUCAAAUAGGAUAAAACCCAUGUGAUGUCGUUUAUUUUUUAUGAAUAAUUGUCUUGAACCAGCACACCUUCACAUUUUGACACAUGUAUGUUACAUAUAAUUGAAUAUACCCUAUUAAUCACGCAUUCAGUAUUCACUCUGACACUAGAGUAUUGUUCCUUUAAUUUGUGCUUAUCUUUCUAAGUGUUCAUCACAAAUUCUGUGCUUCAUAUAGUUUAAUCUUUACUGUAGAAAUCGAUGUUGGUGUCAAAUAUGAGCUGAGCAAACAUUGCAGUUGUACUGCUAAUUGAACAUACUAUUGUUUAUAUAUGUAUAGACAUAUACUUAAUUAUUGUUUACAAGACCAUGGAUUUUUGAUAACUUAGUGCUAAAAAUAUUAAAUGUCUGUUCCAUGUAUGAGUCAAAAGGUUCUUGGGGCCACUUUUUUGAUGUCUUUUUAAAAGUAUUAUUUGAUAUAACUCAGAAUAUUCAAAUUAUGGACUGGUAAUUAAUGCAUAUUUUCGGCAAAGUUUUGAAAAAUUAUCUUUAACGAAAAUUCUAGCUCAAUUUAAAUAAAUACAGUCAAACCCCAUUGGCUCAAACUUGCUUGGCUCAAUUUCCUCAUUGGCUCAAAUUGUUUGUAAAGGACUGACUGCUUUACUCAUUGUUAGCAUUACCGCUUGGCUCGAAUUUUCCGAGGCUUGAUGUAUUUUCGUCGGUCCCUGGGAGUUUGAGUCUACAGGGUUCGACUGUAGUUAAAAACUUAAGUAUAAAGCCAAUCAGAAUUGCAAAUUGUGAGCAUGUGUAUGAUUGUGUGAUUGUGUGAAAUAACCUGUGCUGCAAGGUGUCUUUUUGUUUGUCAUUGUCAGCAUCCACAUGCAAUUUCUGUUAACACUGCACAAGUACAUGAUAUCAAGAGCAACUAAGAGCACGGACUGUUAUACAAUACAGCUGUUAACAUUACACAAUUACAUGAUAUAAGAGCAACUAAGAGCACGGACUGUUAUACAAUACAGCUGUUAACAUUACACAAUUACAUGAUAUAAGAGCAACUAAGAGCACGGACUGUUAUACAAUACAGCUGUUAACAUUACACAAUUACAUGAUGCAAGAGCAACUAAGAGCACGGACUGUUAUACAAUACAGCUGUUAACAUUACACAAUUACAUGAUACAAGAGCAACUAAGAGCACGGACUGUUAUACAAUACAGCUGUUAACAUUACACAAGUACAUGAUACAAGAGCAACUAAGAGCACGGACUGUUAUACAAUACAGCUGUUAACAUUACACAAUUACAUGAUAUAAGAGCAACUAAGAGCACGGACUGUUAUACAAUACAGCUGUUAACAUUACACAAUUACAUGAUAUUAGAGCAACUAAGAGCACGGACUGUUAUACAAUACAGCUGUUAACAUUACACAAUUACAUGAUAUAAGAGCAACUAAGAGCACGGACUGUUAUACAAUACAGCUGUUAACAUUACACAAUUACAUGAUAUUAGAGCAACUAAGAGCACAGACUGUUAUACAAUACAGCUGUUAACAUUACACAAUUACAUGAUAUAAGAGCAACUAAGAGCACGGACUGUUAUACAAUACAGCUGUUAACACUACACAAUUACAUGAUAUAAGAGCAACUAAGAGCACGGACUGUUAUACAAUACAGCUGUUAACAUUACACAAUUACAUGAUAUUAGAGCAACUAAGAGCACGGACUGUUAUACAAUACAGCUGUUAACAUUACACAAUUACAUGAUAUAAGAGCAACUAAGAGCACGGACUGUUAUACAAUUCAGCUGUUAACACUACACAGGUACAUGAUAUUAAGAGCAACUAAGAGCACAGAUUGUUAUACAACUUCACAAUUACAUGAUAUUAGAGCAACUAAGAGCAUGGAAUAUUAUUCGAUUAUGCUUAAAGGGACUCGCUCGUGGUUUGUAAAAUGCAUUAUUCUAAUUACGAAAUAAAGUUUUGCAAAUCAUUAGGAGUGUCAGACUAAGAUACUGACAGCUGGAACCUUUCAGAAAAUAAAAUUGCUCAAAUAUCGUCUUUGAAGGCCACAAUUUUCAAUACCAUUAAUAAUGGACUUCAGAAAUUUAUUGUAGCUUGAUUGGUUGAUUGACACUAUCAUGUGAUAUUACCAAUGUAUUGAUAAAAGUUCAAAAUAUCCGUCCUUCUUGUAUAAGUCCUUAUGGCCUAGUGUUUAUGGGGCCAGUUUUCUAUUUUUUCCUGACUUGAUGGGCACAGGUUCGCACUGCACUUAAACCAAAACAUAUAUUGUAUACCUUUAGUGUAUUUUUUCCCACAAUUUUGAUGUCAUAGAAUGAAUUAACGAUACAAUAAGUGUUUUCAGAUGCAUUACGAGGAAAACUUAUUUUUGGUCUAAAAACAUGAUCGAGUCCUUUUAAUAGGGUGAAGUACCAUGCAAUUGUUUUGCAGUUGUGAUACAAUGUUUUUAUGUAUUUCAGUCUUAUAUCUGUUUCUGUUUUAUUAAACAUUGAAAAUAAGACAACUGUAUGCAUUUUUCAAAUUUGUGGACGUUUCACACAAACUUCAAGACAAUUUUCAACAUAAUUAUUCCACAUUUUCAGCUUGUCUGGUUUUUGGAAAGAUAAUUGCGAUAAUGUUAGCAUUGAUUGUCUUUGGCACAAUGUAUUCAAAAAGGACUCGAUGGUAAUUUUAAAAAUUGUUGCUAGAGAGAAAAUACACACACAUAUAUAUAUAUAUAUAUAUAUAUAUAUACAUAUAGUAAGGCACAUAUAUCCAACUUGAAUUAUUGUCGACUUAUGACUCUAUUUCGACAACAAGACUUGUGUAGGCAUUCUUUUCGCUGUGGUCUUUUUAAAAAAGAAAAGAAACACAACUUGCACAUAUCAUGAGAAAUUAAACAUUCCAAAUUAUCUAGAUAUCUCUUUAAAAUACUAUUUUUGUAAACCGUACAUCUUUAAUCACUAAACUCAUUUUGCACAUAUCACUCAAAUGCAAUGUACUUUCCUUUUCGUAUCCCAGAUCAGAGCUUCAUAAAACAUCAGAGGUCAGUUUCUGACUGAAGUCAUUAUUGUAAUAUUUUCUUUGGUUGUCAUGUCACAUAAUUUCAUGGUAUUUUUGUUCAGAUACCGGUACUAUGUUUUCAUUUACUUUUUCAAAUACACACUUUUAUAGUAAAUCAAGAACAAAGUAUUCAAAUCAAUUAAUUUGAUGAUAGAUUUAAAUAAAAUUGUUAAGAAAUGGCUAAAAUUACCUUUUGUUUUUUUGUGUUAAACACGUUUUAAUAUUUUAAUGUAAUUAUGUACUGUAACUCAACUACUGAGAAAUUCUUCUAUCAUUAUUAUAAUCUAUUUAAUCAAUUUAUUUUGUGACCAUGGAGACUAUUAAUUUUAAAAACAGACCGUUAGAUGCAAGGAUAAAUAACAUGAGUGCUUUGAUAAAUUAUCAUUAAAAUAAAAUUUAUUUUUAUAAAUUAGCCAAAUUUGAUUCCUUUCAUGAGUAUGAAUGCUUAUGUUACAACAGUGCUGAUUUGGUUACUCUAAGUCUGUGCUAUUUACAGUGACGUAAAGUUUGAAUGAAUUGUUAUUCCAUAAUAUAUUGGUAUCAUUACACUGGGUUAUUUGUGUAGCGAAAUAUCAUGUUAAACAAAUACGCAAAAAUAUUACAUACACAUUUUUGGGCAUUGAAAGCUUGAUCAUUACAUAUCAAAUGUCAGUUGAAAUAAAGAAUUAAUAUACAAACUGUCAUAACUUAAACAUCGAAGUAAUUUCCAUAAUUUAUUUUCGACAAUUAAUAAUCAGUUUACAGUAACCCUUGCAAAUGAUAACAAACUCUUAGUGAGUCACAUAGCAUAAAAUAAUUAACAUUAUCUCCAAUGUACAAUAUACCUUAAUAAGGUUUUAUGGAUGAAUUUAUAUCAACAACUGCCGUGAAGACACACAUGAUUAAGUGUUUGCCUGUAUAUAACAUCACUUGUUGGAAAAGAGUGCAUUGUAUUGAUGAUGCUUAGAUUAUAAUAUUAUCCAUGAUUUCUUGCCAACUGCAAUGCUUCUACCCAAGAUAUUUCAAUGGAUUAUACCUCCAAGUUUAUUUAUUCCAGAAAAUUGUUGGGUGUCUUUAAAUUUGUAAAAAAAAAUAAAGGAUGAGUAUGAAUUUUGUGCAGUAUCUGUAUAAUGUAUGAACUGUGUUCACUGUCCAUGAACAUUAUAUUCCUUGUGUAUUGUGUCCAUGUAAAGUGUAUGGAUUGUGUACAGUGUCCUUCUAAAGUGAAUGGAAUGUGUACAGUGUCCAUGUACAUUGAAUGAAACGUGUACAGUAUGUAUUGUGUAUGCAUGGAGUACAGUGUCAAUGUACUUGUAUGCACUUUGUACAGUUUAUGGAUUGUUAAAAGUGCCCGUGAACAGUUUAUGGAUUGUGUACAUGGUCCAUAUACAUAUGUAGAGUGUCCAUAUACAGUUAAUGGAUUGUGUACAGUGUCCAUGUACAGCUAAUGGAUUGUGUACAGUGUCCAUGUACAGCUAAUGGAUUGUGUACAGUGUCCAUGGACAGUUAAUGGAUUGUGUACAGUGUCCAUGGACAGUUAAUGAAUUGUGUACAGUGUACAUGCACAGUUAAUGGAUUUUGUACAUUGAACCAUGGUUCUUUUCUUAGAAAUAUGGCCAAUAUAUUGUCAAUUCAUUUGCAUAGAAAAAUGAUGCAAACUUCGUCAAAUUGCCCAAUAUGAUGUUGUCGUUAUAAUAGUAUAGAGAAGUAUUUCUGUAUUCUUGUUAUAAUUUGUUACAGUAACUGAAUUAUCAUGCUGUAUUAUUUUUUCUAUAUUUUGACACCACUUACUACAAUGUGUUAUAUUGUUAUUACUGUUUGUACAUUUUGUUUCUUGUUAUGACACAAAUACAUGAAUAUCUCAUCUUUUCAUAGCCAAAUAUUAUAUGUGAGAGUAUAAAAUCAUUACUAUUAUUAACAUGAUAAAUAAAGUAUUUGUUGAAACAUUA